AAAAAAAAAUAAUCAUGCAUGAGCCAAUAUAAAUCUUCGUAUUAGCACAAAAUGUUUUGUUUCAGUAAAAGUCAAAAUCAAACUCAUAUUAUAAUAUUGAUAGGUAAAUCAAAAUAUCAAUUUUUAAAUCCUAAUCAUAGAUUUAUUUAUGGCGCCACUUGCAGAAUUGAUACCUGUUUGUCGAGAAAAAGUUUUAUUGAAAUCUGUGCAUAGCUAAAAAAAACGAUCACCAAUUAAAAACUAGACAUUUUUGGCCCACUCUGUACAUGUAUAUUGUCAUAGUCAAUUUUUAAGUGUACAUGUAUCAACAUACUUUGACUGCAAUAAAACCUUUUUGUCAUCAUUUGAAAGAUUCAUGUUUAAUCUGUUUUAGUAGACUGCAUAUAAUUUAUUUUCAAAAUAUUAACAAUAUUAAUUGAUGUAUAAACAGCAUACACCUGCAAAUCGAUCCCUUUGAAAUAAUUGACAUUUUUUGUGCCACCCUGUAUAGUAUUCGCAGAUACAAAAACGAUACUGUGUUCAAUCAAUGCUCAAAUAGGAUUUGGCAGUCCACGGGAUAUAAUAGCAGAGAAAAAUGGCUUUUUCCACAUAUAGUAACACAACUUUCGGUAAAGUUAUCACAGCACAAAGCGAGAGUCUGAUUGUUCAGGAUGGAGAAAGUACAACUGUUCCCCUAACACAAAACAAUACAAGCACAAAUGAUUCAGCUUUUUAUAACAAAGCUAUAUCCUAUGGUUUAGGAUCGUUGGGAUUUUGUGGAAAUAUCCUCGUGGUAUUUGUUUUCAUGAAUUCUAGAAUCCAGAGGCGUAAGAUCACAAAUAUGUUGAUUAUAAACCAAAGUACGGUUGAUAUGUUAGCAUCGUUGUUUGUGAUUCUCAACAAUCUCUUUGAUGACCAUGGAGUGAUAACAGAACCAGGCUUAGCAGCUGAACUUUAUUGUAUGCUUUGGCUCUCACAAUACACAUUAUGGAGCAAUAUGACUGUAUCAACAUUCAAUCUUAUGGCUUUGACGUUUGAACGCUAUUUCGCAGUGAUCCACCCAUUCACAUACAAGCUGAAGUUCACACGUAAGAAAGCCGCAUUGGCGAUAUGCUUAGUUUGGCUGUGUGGACUUACAUUUUCAAGUAUAAAUAUCUGGACAACUUAUUUGGAAGGUACAACAUGUAAACUGUAUGCAGGAUACCCCAGUGAGUUAUUUCGGAAUGUGUGUGGUGUGGUGACAGUUUCUGUCAUGGUGUUUGUCCCUGUUGGCAUUCUCAUUGGUUGUUACAUUAGGAUCGCCAUGGAGAUCUAUAGACAGGCCAAGAUGACAGACGCAUCUUCACAUCGUGACACGCAGAUGUCAAAAGCAAAAAUUAAUGUUAUUCGUACUCUACUUCUGGUUUCCGUUUGUUUCUUCAUCUGUUGGAUAACUAAUGGGACAUAUUACUUAUUGUACAGCCUUGGGGUAUUGCUGAACUUUGAGAGUCCUGUCUACAAGCCAAGCGUCAUCGCUUCAUACGCCAACUGUUGUAUCAAUCCCUUUAUCUAUGUGUUCAGCUAUGAUGCUUUCAAAGGUGCUCUAAAGGAAGCCUCUGGUUGUACGACAUCUGAAGAACAACCCUCAACAAGCACCAUCUCAAAUGUUUCAAACUAAUGCUUAUUUGCGCUUUUGUUCAGUAGACCUGUGGUAAAAGGCAAUUCCAUGUUCAACUUAUUUCUAAAUUACCCUUCUUAUUGAAGAAAUUAUUUGUACUUUUAGGAUACCGGAGUAUGAAUUGGUUAACAUGAAAUACUGCAUAUAAAAAUAUGUCAUUGGUCGAAUUCUACUUAAUUUUAUUACAGGGUGGCCAAAUAUUUCAAGAUUAAAUUGGAUUAAGCAGUGUAGUGUAGUGUAGUGUGAAAUCGUUUAGACGUUACUGAAUUUCAUAUUUUAUUUUCAUUUAGUGCUUGAAGUAGUUAGUAGUUCUGUAAUUGUAAUAAAAAUGUUCUUGAACAGCAAUCUUCAAAAAAAUGUUUUUUUUUUUUUUUAUCUGUUCAGGAAGUCCAAAUUCAUUCAAUUUUCUGCC